AGCGUUUGCCAGCUCCAACACCCAACCAUUCUCGGUCGGCCGGGCCUCUCUCAGCGAGUAUCGCUUCUCGGACACGUUUGGCAUGACCUUGAACAUCGUUCUACAUGAGGACCUUACCAUGCGCGGCGGCGCGCAGAUCUGGUUGGCCGAUUGUGGGAAGCGGCUCUCGGACGUCGGGCACCACAUCACCUUCAUUCUACCCGAGGACUCACUGAUCCUUCCUGACGUGGAGGGCUAUGCUCAGAAGAUCGUGAAGUACAACCACGACAAGAGCGCAGAGGACCCCGAGAGUUACCAAGAGGCUUUCACUGAAGUCUUGAAGCCGGCCCAGGUGUGCGUGACCCUGGUGCGGCAGAUCCGUGGGAAAUACCAAAAUGUGAGCUUCGUGGCCAAGUGUAUCAAAGAUGCAGGUUUGAAGACCUUCUUGAUCUCGAAGACGGGCACCUUUGAUCCCACCUACAAGACCGAGUUCUAUGGGGGCGAACUCUUAAAGACGGAGCCCCCCCAGUGUUGUACAGUGACCAUCGCAGAGUUCACGCGGCAGUCCAUCAUCGAGGCCUUUGGCAUCAAGCCACAGUUCAUUCAGACCAUUUACAAUGGCACGGACACCGAGAAGUUCAAACGGACGCCUGAGAUGGCAGUGGAGGCCAAGAAGAGGUAUCCCAUUGAGGAGGGCAAGUUCGUCGUGGGUAGCAUCGGCCGCUUUGUGGCGGCGAAGGGGCAGAAGGUCUUGCUUCGGGCAGUCAAGAAGCUCUUGGAUUCCGGCCGUGUCCCCAACAUCCAUGUCUUGAUGGUGGGCGAAGGCGAUCUGAAGGACGAGAUCGAGAAAAUGGUGACGGAUCUCAAUUUGAGCUCGGCGGUGUCCAUUUAUCCCUUCACCAAGGAGCCCUUCUAUGUCUUUGAGGCCUGUGAUUGCAUCGCGCUAGCCUCCUUCCUCGAAGGCCUUCCGAAUGCGCUGCUGGAGGCGUUGGCGAUGGAGAAACCCUGCGUGGCCUCCAGGAUCUAUGGCAUGCCCGAGGUGGUGGUGGACGGCGAGACUGGCUACUGCUUUGAAGCUGGAAAGGUGGAUGAUGAGAGCACUUGGGAUGCCAUGGCGGAAGGCUGUGCUGAAGCCAUUGCCAAGAUAGCAGCCUUGGAUGAAUCUGGGCGUCAGCAGAUGGCGGCAAACGGAAAGAAGUUAGUCUUUGAAGGCCAUGACAAAGUGAAGUGCUUCCAACGUAUCCUCGACUUGAUCCAAGACAAGGCCACAGCAGUGCUGACCGCCGAGAAGGCCGCGGAGCUGGUGGCAGCGGCCGUGCAAAAGGUGCCCGCCUAGGUGAGGGUGCUGUUUCGUUCGCUGCUGACCUGGGCGGCUGCUUGGGGAUUCGGGGAAGCGCAUCCUUUGAGUUUCCGCUUUCAUGAGUCGAUGGGGUGUGUCUCACCGCCUAGGCUGCCAGCCUUGGUGACUCAAAGCGUGCAAGAAAACCAGACCUGUCAGGGGGUCGGA